AUGACGCAAGCACAGUUUCGUACUCUAGAAAGAGAAAAGAGGUUUCAAAAUCCUCCCAAAGAUAAAUCAGCCUACCCGCUAUUAGAGAAUGCGGUGGCACCCCAUAUCGGAUCCUUCAAUGCAUUGACCGAGGGCGAAGAUGAUGGGUUGUUAAAUAUGGCAGUCAAAGACAUUGGAUCAAAGACCAUCUUUGAUUCCAAAGAGACUGAUAGAUUGGGCAACAAGUUGAACAUUAGGGUGGAAUCGGUAUCAAUAGCGAAGCCAAGCGUUCCAUCAACAGACAAACUAUCCAUAAAUAGAAAGACAUUCCCAAGUGAGUGUCGUGAGAGAAUGACCACGUACAAAGCGAGAUUGAUGUUGAAUGUCACUUGGUGUGUAAAUGACGGCGAAGAGCAAAGUGAAAUUAGAGAAGCAGGGCAGAUUCCCAUCAUGUUGAAAUCGAAUAGAUGCCAUUUACAAAAGAUGUCCCCAAAUCAAUUGGUUGAGGCAAAAGAGGAAAGUGACGAGUUAGGAGGAUACUUUAUCGUUAAUGGUAUCGAAAAAUUGAUUCGUAUGUUGAUUGUCCAGCGAAGAAAUCAUCCCAUGGCAAUCAUUCGACCUUCCUUUGGUAAUAGAGGUGCCUCGUACACGAAAUAUGGUAUCCAAAUCAGAUCGGUCAGACCAGACCAAACUUCACAAACAAAUGUAUUACACUAUCUUAAUGAUGGUAACGUCACAUUUAGGUUUUCGUGGAAGAAAAACGAAUAUUUGGUACCAGUUGUCAUGAUAUUGAAAGCUCUUGUUGAAACAAAUGACCGAGAAAUUUUUGAUGGAAUAGUUGGUCAUGAUGUUGAAAACUCCUUCUUGACUGAUCGUUUGGAGUUAUUAUUGAGAACAUUCAAAGCGUACAAUUUGCAUUCACAACAGGAGACAUUGGCAUAUUUGGGUGACAAGUUCAGAGUGGUUUUUGGAGCAACACCCGAUGUGUCCGAUAUUGAAGUAGGAAGAGAAGUCUUGAGACGUAUUGUUCUUGUUCAUUUGCCAAACAACGAAGACAAGUUCCGCAUGUUGUUGUUUAUGAUCCGUAAGUUGUACUCAUUGGUAGCAGGGGACUGUGCCCCAGAUAAUCCAGAUGCUACGCAACAUCAGGAAGUAUUGUUGGGAGGAUUCUUAUAUGGUAUGAUUAUUAAGGAAAAGAUCGAUGAAUAUUUACAAAAUUUCAAACUUCAAGUGCAAUCAGAUAUAAACCGUGGCGUUGGUGUUAACUUUUCAGAUCGCAAGUACAUCACCCGAGUAUUUUCAAGAAUCAAUGAAAAUAUAGGUCAAAAAUUGCAGUACUUUUUGUCAACUGGUAAUUUGGUUUCACAAUCUGGUUUAGAUUUACAACAAGUUUCUGGUUAUACUGUUGUGGCGGAAAAGAUUAAUUUCCAUCGUUUUAUUUCCCAUUUCAGAAUGGUCCAUAGAGGUUCGUUCUUUGCCGAGUUGAAAACCACCACCGUUCGUAAAUUAUUACCUGAAUCGUGGGGAUUUUUGUGCCCAGUUCACACUCCCGAUGGAUCUCCAUGUGGGUUAUUAAAUCAUUUGUCGCAUAAAUGUAUUAUUUCCACUACUGCAUCUGAUGUGUCGCAAGUUCCUGCUGCCUUGGCUCAGCUAGGUGUGUCGCCAGCCAAUGCAUUUGCCGCAGGCCCAGAUUUAUGCUGUGUACAAUUAGACGGUAAGAUUGUUGGUUGGACCACUCACGAACAGGGUAAGAUUGUAGCUGACACAUUGCGGUUCUGGAAAAUUGAGGGCACUCAUGGAUUACCAUUGGAUUUGGAAAUUGGGUAUGUCCCUCCAUCAACCAAAGGUCAAUACCCAGGUUUGUACCUCUUUGGUGGUCAUUCUAGAAUGAUGAGGCCCGUAAAGUACUUGCCUUUGGGUAAGCAAGAUAUUGUUGGUCCUUUCGAACAAGUAUACAUGAACGUUGCAGUAACACCAGAAGAGAUUGAAAAUAAUGUUCAUUCACACGUUGAAUUCUCACCAACCAAUAUCUUAUCCAUUUUGGCUAAUUUGACUCCAUUCUCCGACUUUAAUCAAUCUCCAAGAAAUAUGUACCAGUGUCAGAUGGGUAAGCAGACAAUGGGUACUCCCGGUACUGCUUUGGUACACAGAUCGGAUAACAAAUUGUAUCGUUUGCAAACUGGUCAAACACCAAUAGUCAAGGCCAACUUAUAUGAUGACUAUGGAAUGGAUAAUUUCCCCAAUGGUAUGAAUGCAAUUGUUGCGGUCAUCUCCUACACUGGUUACGAUAUGGAUGAUGCGAUGAUUAUCAACAAGUCGGCAGAUGAGAGAGGUUUUGGAUAUGGUACUGUUUACAAAGUGGAAAAAAUUGACUUAUCACAAUCGAGAAGAAGAGGUGAUCCGAUUACCCAACAUUUUGGCUUUGGUGAAGAUGAAUGGCCAGAGGCAUGGAAGACGAAGCUAGAUGAUGAUGGGUUUCCUUUAGUCGGGGUCAAAGUGGAAGAAGGUGACCCAAUUCUUGCCUACUAUGAUGACACCCUCGGAAAGACCAAAGUAAAAACAUAUCACUCGUCCGAACCAGCAUAUAUCGAAGAAGUAAAAUUACUCGGUGAUGAUGCGGGUGAUAACGAGGGUCAGCAAGUCACCAUCAAAUAUAGAAUCACAAGACAGCCUAUAAUUGGUGACAAAUUCUCCUCCAGACACGGUCAAAAGGGUGUUUGUUCGAGAAAAUGGCCACAAAUAGAUAUGCCUUUUAGUGAAAGCGGUAUGCAGCCUGAUGUUAUUAUCAAUCCACAUGCGUUCCCAUCACGUAUGACAAUUGGUAUGUUUGUGGAAUCGUUGGCGGGUAAAGCGGGUGCCUUGCAUGGUGUUGCGCAAGAUGCCACUCCUUGGAAGUUUAGUGAGUCCGAUACUCCGGCAGAUUACUUUGGAGAGCAAUUGUUAAAAGCAGGUUACAAUUUCCAUGGUAAUGAGCCAAUGUAUUCCGGUGCUACGGGUGAGGAAUUGAGAUGCGACAUUUAUAUUGGAUGUGUUUACUAUCAAAGAUUAAGACAUAUGGUGAACGACAAGUUCCAAGUUAGAUCGACUGGUCCUGUUAACUCGUUGACCAUGCAACCUGUCAAAGGUAGAAAGAGAUCAGGGGGUAUUCGUGUUGGUGAGAUGGAAAGAGAUGCGUUGAUUGGUCACGGUACUGCAUUCUUGUUGCAAGAUAGAUUGUUGAAUUGUUCAGAUUACACACAAACUUCGAUAUGUAAAUCAUGUGGCUCAAUACUAACUACACAAACUUCGGUUCCUAGAAUUGGAUCAAUGGCAAGUAUAAGGUGUAGAAGGUGUUCUGUUAGAUUAGAUAAAUAUGAUGGUUAUGCCGAAGAUGCAGAUAUUUGGGAGGACGGCCAUGGUGUUAAGUUUGUGGGAGGUGAUGAUACAACCACUGUUGCCAUCCCAUUUGUGUUGAAAUACUUGGACAGUGAGCUUUCGGCUAUGGGUAUCAAGAUGAAAUACAAUGUGGAACCAAAGUAA